AUGUCCAAGCAUCGUGUGGUACAAUUGACGCAGGAGGCGCUAAAGGUUCAAUGCAAAGUGGACGACUUUGAAGAAUGGGGAUCUCCAGCGCUUGAUAUGGAGCAAUAUCAACGUAAGGAAUACAUACAACGUGCAACGUCAUUCUCCCAACACGGUUCCAUCUUUUGGGCAUUGGUGGAUGACAAUGGGGAUACGGACGACUCGAAUCUAGUAGCAAGUCAGACAGUGUUGUAUUGUCAUUGUGAAAGCCACUGCUUCGACUGCAUUGUACGUCUUCGUUCUGGGAAGAUCGAACGAGGUUAUUCCCAUCACAUUGGGUCAGUAUUUACUCUGCCAGAAUACCGCAAACGAGGACUCGCUCAAUUUUUCUUGAAAGAAGUGGCCAAGCAGUUGGGAAAACUGUCACGAGCACUUGUUUCUGUGUUGUACUCGGAUAUUGGACCGACUUACUACGACAAACUGGGAUGGAAGGUGCAUCCCUCGAAGAUGGCUACGCUGGAUGUUGCUAACCCGCGCAAUAUCAACGUCGAAAGUAGUUGUGGUGCAAAACUGGUGGCACUGAGUUUCGAUGAAAAGCUCGACGAGAUUCUUCAGGCUGAUAACGCGAGGCUGGAGAGGGAGCUGACAAGUGAAAAGUUUCAAAAGCAAGAGGCAUUUGUGGUGCUGCCAACUCGUGAUUCGAUCGAGUGGCAGUUCUGCAUUGGUGAGCAUUUCGCUCGAGUUCGAGGGUACGAAGAGCUUCCAUCUCAGUGUGGCGUAAAGAUCAAAAACGAACAUGUCUUUAUGCUCUGGUGUCACAACUUUAAGGAAUCGACUUUGUACGUUGUUCGUGCUCGACUCCCGAAAGAGUCCGUGGAUGCUGCCAAGACCACGCGCAUGCUGCUGAAUAAAGCACUAGAGGAAGCGCGCAAGUUCCGAUUGAAAAGGGUUGCAAUCUGGAAUCCAUCUUUGAGCUUCCAACACGCCGACAUACGUUGCCACUUUGAGAUUGAGUUUGUUGACCGUCAAGACUCGCUAUCAAGUGCCAUGGUAUUCCAUCACGAGAGCGAUGUAAAUUCGGAGCCGUCGCUUCCUCACUGGCAUUGCAAUGAAAAAUACGCAUGGGUUUAG